AGUCACAUGACGUUUCCUGUCAAGAUGGCGGAUAGUCUCCCGUCGGAGUUUGAUGUGAUCGUAAUAGGGACGGGUUUGCCUGAAUCCAUCUUUGCAGCUGCAUGUUCAAGGAGUGGCCAGAGGGUUCUACAUGUUGACUCAAGAAGCUAUUAUGGAGGCAACUGGGCCAGUUUUAGCUUCUCAGGCCUGUUAUCCUGGAUAAAGGAAUAUCAGGAAAACAAUGACAUUGUAAUUGAAAGUUCCAUAUGGAAAGAACAGAUCCUUGAAAACGAAGAAGCCAUUGUUCUUAGUAGGAAGAACAGGACAAUUCAAAAUGUGGAAGUAUUUUGUUAUGCCAGUCAGAAUUUGCAUGAAGAUAUUGAAGAAACUGGUGCACUGCAGAAAAAUCAUGCUUCUGUGACAUCUGCAAACUCCACAGAAGCUGCAGAUCCUAACUGUCUGUCUACAGAAGAAGUGUCAUUAAGCCCUCUGAACAGCGAAGUGACUGCAUAUCAAACCCCAAACAGUGAUACAGAAGUUGCCCCAGAAGUAAAUGAUGCUGAAGUGACAGGGAAGAAAGAAAGCCAUAGUGAUGAUAAAACUUCAGAGGAGGAAACAAGUAAAAAUAAGUCUACAGCAGAGGACAGUACAGAACAAUUGAAGAAAAAUAGAAUUGCUUAUUCUCAGAUUAUUAAAGAAGGCAGGCGAUUUAAUAUUGAUUUAGUAUCAAAGCUACUAUAUUCUAGGGGUUUGCUGAUUGAUCUUUUAAUCAAAUCUAAUGUUAGUCGUUAUGCAGAGUUCAAAAAUAUUACCAGGAUUCUUUCAUUUCGAGAAGGAAGAGUGGAACAGGUUCCUUGUUCCAGAGCAGAUGUCUUUAAUAACAGACACCUCACUGUAAUAGAAAAACGAAUGCUCAUGAAAUUUCUUACAUUUUGUAUGGAAUAUGAGGAACAUCCUGAUGAAUAUAAAGCCUAUGAGACAAUAACAUUUUCUGAAUUUUUAAAAACUCAAAAAUUAACCCCGAACCUCCAAUAUUUUGUUCUGCAUUCGAUUGCAAUGACAUCAGAAACAACCAGCAGUACCAUAGAUGGUCUCAAAGCUACCAAAAACUUUCUUCAUUGUCUUGGGCGAUAUGGAAACACUCCAUUUUUGUUUCCUUUGUAUGGUCAAGGAGAACUCCCCCAGUGUUUCUGCAGGAUGUGUGCUGUUUUUGGGGGAAUCUAUUGUCUUCGCCAUUCUAUACAGUGCCUUGUAGUGGACAAAGAAUCUGGAAAAUGUAAAGCAGUCAUCGAUCAGUUUGGUCAGAGAAUAAACUCUAAGCAUUUUCUUGUAGAGGACAGUUACUUUUCUGAGAACACCUGCUCACUUGUGCAAUACAGGCAAAUCUCCAGAGCAGUCCUAAUUACAGAUAGAUCUGUAUUAAAAACAAAUUCAGAGCAACAGAUUUCCAUUUUGACAGUACCAGGAGAGGAGCCAGAAACUUUUGCUGUUCGUGUCAUUGAGUUAUGUUCCUCAACAAUGACAUGCAUGAAAGGCACAUAGAAUAAAGCAAAACAGAACAAAGCAUAUCAGAACAAAACAAAGCAAGCAACAAGGACUUCACAACAUGACAACUGGAAAUCAACAGUGGCCUCCAUAAUGUUUCUUCAAAAUAGUUGUCCAUGUCUUUACACACAAUGAAUUCAAACCAACGUAGUGCAAACCUAAUUAAAACAAAAGAAUGAUAGCAUUAUGGCAUUCAAAACUAUACAAUAGGAAAAUUGCUACCAUAAUGUUUCUUGUUUUCUUCUAAACAGCUGGCCAUGCCUUCACACAUGUUGAAAUUAAACAAUAGAAAACAGACUAAAACCAAUCAAAGCAAAAAAUGAAAACAUUAUUGGACUUCAAAACAAAAUGAUGACAUAAUAUGUCAUUUUCUUCAAAGUAGGAGUUCAUACCAUCACAUGUAAUAAAAACAAUACUUAUAAACUCUUCAGGAGGAGUUCUAGGCAUGUCUAAGCCUCUACAUGUACAUCAAUUCUUUCUGUACUGGAGGGAAAAACAAAACAAAAUACAAGAAAAAAAGAAAAAAAAGAGAUAAAUAAAUGACAGUAACAAAGAGCCCCAGUAAGAACAAAAUAGGCUUUAAAAACAAGGUGGUAGGAACAUAACAAAGAUUUUUAUUCUGCAUAGUUAUCUUCAAAAGAGCUACUCAGAUUACCAGAUAUAGACAUGAAAAAUUAUUCCAAGAAUUAAUAGAAUUAGUAGUACAAUCAUCUUAGCUAUUUUAUGUGUAUAUAUACAAAUUUGUAUCUUUUUUUGUUUUCUCAUACUUUUCCUUUUCCCUGACUUAUUUUUCCCCUUUGAGCAGUUUCUAUCCUUUCACAAUGUUUAUUGAAGAUGUUGUGUCAAUAGAGCCAAAAAUGACUCACAACAUUAAUAGAACAGAAAAACUUUUGAUGAAACACAACACUCAUUCAUGAUAAGAACCCUACUGAAAAUAGGAAUAAAUGGUCUUUACCUCAAUCUGAUAAAAAUUGUCUAUGACUUGCCAACAGCGAGCAUCAUAUUAAAUGGUGAGAAACUAAAAGCUUUCACUAUAAAAUCAGGAAUAAAGCAAGAAUGUACAUGAUCACUACUCCUAUUCAAUAUAGUUCUGGGAACACAGCAAGAGCAAUUAGAAAAGAGAGAAAUCAAAGAACUAAGGAUAAGAAAGGAAGAAGUUAUAUUAUGAUUAUUUACAGAUGAAAUGAUAGUCUACAGAGAAGACCCCCAAAACUUCAUUGAAAGACUUGUAGAUGUGAUAACCAAGUUCAGUAAUGUAGCUGGAUACAAAGUCAACACUCAAAAAUCAAUAGCAUUCCUCUAAACAAACAACAAACUCCCUGAGAGAGAAAUAUGAGAAACCACACACUUUACAAUGUCAUCCAGAAAAAUGAAAUAAUCUAGCAAAGGAAGUGAAAGAUAUAUUCAGUGAAAAUUACAGCACUCUGGAAAAAAAUUGAAGAGGAUCUGAGAAAAUGGAAAGACAUUUCUUGUUCAUGGAUAAGAAGAGCAAACAUUCUGAUAAUGGCCAUUUUCCUAAAAUUGUUAUACAGAUCUAAUGCAAUUCCAAUCAAAAUACCAUAAGUAUACUUCAAAGAUCUAAAGAAAUCAUUGCUAAAAUUCAUCUGGAACCAAAAGAGACCAAAAGAGCAAAUGCAAUUCUGGGCAACAAGGACAAGGCAGGAGACAUCACAAUCCCUGACUUGAAGUUAUAUGACAAAGCUAUGAUGAUAAAAUCAGCAUGGCACCUGAAUGAAAAUAGACCUGAACAUCAAUGGAAUAGGUUAGAAGAUACAAUCACAACUGCAAAUACACUCGGCCACCAUUUUUGACAAAAGGGCUAAACAUGUUCCCUGGAAUAAAGACCCUUAAUAAGUAAUAAGUGGUGCUUGGAAACCUGGCUUUCCAUAUGCCAAAAACUAAAACUAGAACCAUGCCUGUCACUAGGCACUAAAGUCAAAAUGGAUCAAAGAUAUAAAUGUUAAAACAGCAACAUUAAAUCUGCUGGGAGACAGAGUAGGUAGAAAUCUUGAAGACAUAGGGGUAGGCAGAGAAUUCAUGAACAAAAAUCAAAAUGUGUGGGAAAUACAACUCAGAAUCAACAGUUCAAAUCUCUUAUUAGAAGGUUUUUACAUAUUAAAAAGUUAUCUGAUUUUUCAUAUGCAUAUAGGUCUUGUAUACAUGGAUGUGCUAGAAUAUGAUGUGUAUAUAUUUAUGAUUGUUGUCCUUUUUUCUGGGAUUGUUCCCAUAACAAGUAUGUAGAGACUAUUGUGUCUUAUGUGCAGUCUUGUCUUGAAAUACACUUUGUCUGGACAUAAAAUAGUCAUUCAUCCUUUUGUGGGGGCUCCUGUUACAUGGACUAUUGUUUUCAUUUUUGACUUUCAAUAUAUGAUAGUGAUAGCAAUAUUUUAAAGCUUCCCAUGAUAUAAAUAGCCCACUGUUGCAUGUGUUUCAUAGAUUUGCUACCACCAAUCUAUGAUUUUGUUGUUUGAGUUAAAUGUUUCUUUUUGUGAAGGAUGUUGUUGGAUUUUGAUUCUUGUUGCAUUCUGCCAAUUUGUUUCUUUUGAUGGUUGAGUUGAGACCAUUUAUAUUGAUAUAUAAACUGACAGUUAUUUCUCCUUAUCAUUAUAUUGUGUUCCUGACGUUGAUUCCCUUUCUUUCCCUUCUAUUCAAUUGCUGGCCUCUCCUGGUAGAUUCAUUCUUUUCGAAGUUUUUAAUAGUUGUCUUCAUUGAUGUAGAAUAUUCUUCACAAUCCAUUUUGGGAUUGCUGGUUUUGUGAUCCUGAAUUACUUCAGGAGUUCUUUAUCAGUGAAAUAUCUUAUUUUUCCAUGAAUUUUGAAAGAUAAUUUUGCAGGGUACACCAAUCUUAGUUCAGGGUUAUUUUCUUUAAGGAAUUGAGAUACUUCACCAAGCUCUUCUUGACUUACGGGUUUGUGUUAAGAAAUCUGCUGUGAUUCUGUUGCGUUUUCUUUUAUAGAUGAUUCCUUUCUUUUCUCUAGCACUCUCAAUAUUGUGUUUAUUUGUUGUACUUCUAGAAUCUGGACUAUAAUAUGUUUUGGUGUAACUUUUUUUCCCCUGGUGGCUAUUUAGAUUUGCAAAUGUCUCAGUUAUCUGUCUAUAAAUUCUUGGUCUCUGCUCGGAAAUUUUUCUACUAUUAUUUAUAUAAAGUAGAUUUUUAUGCACAUUUGUUGUCUUCUGCUUUUUAAAUUGAUUUUAAUUAAUCUUAUAUUAUUAUUCUUGGCAUCAUCUACUAGCUGUUAGGUUAAUUUUUCAUGGUCCCUUGCUCUUUUUAUGAAUGCAUUCAUUUGAUGAUCCCUAGUCAAAACCUUGUCUUUUAGAUCUGAUAUUUUAUCUUUGUAUUAACUGAUUUUGUUGUGUAUAAAUUUCAUAGAAUUUCUAAUGUACUGGAUAUCUGUUUGAAUCAGUUUUAUGGAAUCCAGUUCUUUCCUAUAUUGUUUGCUCAUUAUUUCUGUGUCAUUCCUCAGGUCUCCUAUUUUUUAAAUCUGUAUCUACCAUAGAUUCACUAACCACUACCUUCAUUUUGGUUAUCAUCUCUUUAAUUAUCUGUGUAAUUAUUCCUGAUUUGGUUUUUAGAGACUUGUUCAUCUGCUUUGUUACUUCUGCUACUACGAUUUCAGAAAUUUCAGUUAGAUAGCUUUCAAAUUCCUCUACUUUAUUGCCCUCUGGAUUUGUUUUGGGAAAGUUGUUGUUUUGGAUUGACAUUUUUGUUUCCAUGAUUUCUCACUUUCUAUUUUGUUGUUGCUGUUUUGUAUAUUCAUUUUCUGCACUGAGGUUUGUAAAUUUCUUAUGGUAGGUAAUUUUAUUACUAAAAUACAGACCUCUCUGUGUAAUGACUACUUUACAGGGCCAUCUUCUAGGCAUGGCUGCACCUGCCCUUUGAGUCUGCCCCAAGAUGAAAAAGACUACAACCUAUAUUUCAACUAUUACCUGGUCCUAUUGCAUUGAACUGUAGUACUGUGGCCGCUAGGCAAUCUAAGUAUUGGUGUACAAGAGAGAUCAGGUGAUCACAGCAGCUAUAUCAAUUUAGUUAAAGUAAAAUAAUCACUAAUAACAUUAGCAUCAAAUAAACUAAAACAUGACAAAUUCUCAUAACUGAUAUGUUGUCAUCGUUAACCAUAGGUGAAGAGCUAUAUUUAUAUAGCAAAAUUUAGACAAAUCACAAAAUUAUAUACAGCAAGUGUCCACUCAAUAGAGAAUUUUUAUCCCCUUUUACCAUAAAACAGCAUUCAACUCUAGUAAAAUAUUGUUAGGUACUUAUAUAUUCACACAGGUGAAUGGUGUGAAUGUGAUAUGAAGUUGAAAGAGAAAAAUGAAUUAUGGAAAAUAAAGCAAUAUAAGUUGUGAAGAAUGUGGUAAACUAGAUAUAAAAGGUACUAUUAAGGAGUAAAGGGAAACUAGUGGUAUUAAAUAACAUUAACAGAGAUGACCAAAUAGAAAAGUGAAAAAUAAUGGGGAGUUCAGAUUAAAGUAGAGAAAAAGGAAAUGAGAAAAAUGCUAAAGGAACAAGUUGGAAGAAGAAAGUGAAAAAAGGGGAGAGGGAAAGAAUAGGAAGAUCUCUUUAAACAAAUAAAUUGUAAUUUAAAAGGAGGGACAAGAAUAUGGAUGGUGAAAUUCCGACCUACACUAAAAAAUAAAAUAGUGAUAGUUAAAAAAUAUACCAAUAAAGUUACAAAAUGGAAGAAAAAGCAAGAGGAAGAAAGAGAAAGACUUCCUCUGUAUUUCCAGAAGACUAUCUUCUUUCCAGACCAAUAGUCUUUAUUUUACAAGUCACAUUCCUCUUUGUCCUUCUUUAUAGCCUGUGAGUUUGUAUGGAGGUUAUUCAGUUCAAGGAUGCCUUUCUGCAUAAACCAAUUUGUGGCAGCUUUCCAAACUGGGAGUUCAGACCAAAGAAUGUAUGCCUUGGUUCUGAGACUCUUGUCAUAGAUUUUUGCUGGUUAGGGGCCAAUGCUGGUUACCUGAUAUACAUUCUGGUGUCCAUGGUAUAGAAUUCUGACACCAUGCAGAGACUCCUGUCAACUCCAGUUGUUCAGCAGAGAAACAAAUAUGCCCAAAACUUAUGUAGGAAGAUUUCUGCAGCCCCACUGAGAGUGUAGGACACCGGGUGGCAUCUCAUGGACAUCGAGAGUACAUUGAGGCAGAAUAGGCAGGGAUCAGGCAUAGAGCUCUGGCUAAAUGAAGGAUGGAGACUUUGCUGUUCCCAGCAUGGAGAUAGCACUUUUGGUGCUGAAUGGACAUUGCCACAGUCCAUGUGUAAAAGGUAGAGAUUUACAUGGACUUAGAACAUCAAGUUGUAAAACCGAGUUGCUUGGAUCCUUGAGCUAAAUGUCAGAUGGAGACUUCAGCAGGCCUCAAUUAGAGCAGGACAGUGAAAGCUAGGUGUAUGCCCAAGGGAGCCUGUACUGCUAAGUAUGGACUUAAGGCAGGCCAGCUCUGUGUGCCAGAUAGAUGUCCCAGUUGACUUGGAAGAAACCACAGGCAAUCUCUGUGGUGACUCGGGUGUGCCUGGGGUCCAAUAUUGAAGACUUUCAACACAAGCAGCAAUCACUUUUCUACUUAGAGUCUGAGGACAAAUGGACAGGUAGAAGAAGCUUUGAUCACUCACCUCUGCUGUGUGCUGGUGAAAUGCUACCAAACUGCAGCCUCUUCUGCAUUUGAUGAGGCUAAGGGCCUGUAUGCCCCAAGUCUAGACUAUGCUGGUAGACUCUGUUGAGCAGUUUGGAUCCUGCCACCUAUUACAGAAUUGAUGCUUUGGGUGAUAGGCAUGGGCAGGGGCCUUCUGGGCCAUGCCUAUGGGCCUGCCUCUUUUCUAAGCUCUUAUAUGUAUGUUUAGUUUAAUUUACACAUCUCUUCCUUAAAAUUGAUUUUUUUUUUUUUUUGCAUGAUGGUUAUAUUUUCUUUCUCCUCUUCCAAUUACUUGUGUUUUUAGUUCAUCUUCUCUGAGUCUUUCGGAAGUGAUUCCUCCUCUAUUCAGCCAUGUUCAAAUCCUUCUUGUCUGCUUUUGCGACUCCAUUGAAAUGUUAUAUACCUUUAAUAAAAAGUGAAUUUAGGUAAUGGUUUAAAAUAAUUGCCCUAACAUUUUGCUUAGUUAUUCACUAUUUGAAAAUGUGCUGUUUUAAAUUAUUUUAUUACUAUUUUCAUGAAAGAUUUUAUUUUACAAGUAAACUGAUUUUUUUCUUAUUAUCAAAAGUUUUCAUACUUUUUUAUGAAUAAUGCUAUGAAUGUACAAGUUGACUCUGAGCUUUUACAUGUAUACAUAUGUUAAUAGCAGCACAACUCAUAGUAGCUAGAUCAUGGGAGUAGACCGUAUGUCCAGACAAAGAAACAGAAAAAGAAAAUAUAUUUAUGUACCAUGAAUUACUCUGCAAUAAAAUAUAGACUUGAUUCAUUUGUAGGAAAAUGAAUGGAACUUGAGACCAAAACCUUAAAGUGAAAUAAAUCAGACACACAAACUUAAAUAUCACAUGGUUUCCCUUAUAUGAGAAAUCCAAAUCACAAAAAGAGCAAAAUACAAUCUAACAUUAAGUAAGAAGAUCAUUCUUAAAUGGGAAGAGGGAUUAAAAAAUAGAGGAGAGAGAGAGAAGGAAGGGAAGGAAGUGCAAAAAGACAUUAAGAUGUGUUAUAUACAUGUACUAUCACGAAAAGGGAACAUAUAAACAUUAUAUGAUGUGAACAUAUACCCAAAAAAAGUGAUCAAAGUAUAUGGGGAAAUAAGGAAUUUAAAAAAAAAAAGGAAUUGCUAUUUAUAUACACAUACUACCAUCUCACAGGGAAUGUAAACAUCAUAUCCUACACAUAUGUACUAAUAAGCUAAAAUUAAAAACUACAGAAUUCAGUCCUGGGAGCUGAAUGUGUGUGACUUAAAUCACAAUGCACUGAAAAGCCUUGGAACAACUCACCCAGGUGGCAAGACCACACCCAGGGUCCCAAACCACAGGAAGAUGCACUACAGGUCCCCUCAGGGCUAACUGGGCCAUGCCCAGUGACCUCCAAUCAGCUAGCAAUUGCCUGAAGCCUACCCUGGGAGCCAAAAGUGGGCCAGGUGAUUCCUAGUACACUGGGGAACCUUUGGAACAUCACUCAAAAUCCAGAAUUAUAGGAAAAUGACAAAACAAAAGACCAAAAUGCAAUCUUAAACUUUCAGACUAAGCCAAGCAAGCCUAAGAGACAUAGACACAGAAGAAAAUGUAAGCCAUACAGCUGAAAUUCCUGAAAUAAUAAAAACUAAAAUACAGAAACAACUCUGAGAAUCUAUAAAAGAACUCAGAUCAGAAAUAAUCUCCUAGGUAGAAGAAGAAAUGAUAAAUGUAAUAAAAGAUAUGCGGAACACAUCUGAAGAAGACCUACUUAAAAAAUUAUAGCAAUAAUGCAAAAAGAUGGAAACUCUGAAUGAACAAUAUAAGAAACAAAUGGAAUGUAUGUAGCAGAUUCAAAGAGAUAUACAAAAAAUGAAAAGUUCCAUUGGAAGUUGGUAAAAUCACCUCAGUGAAAGUGAAGACAAUGUCAGAACUUGGAGACAAGAUUGCAGCUAGUGAAUAGGAAAGGAAAGAUCUUUUAAAAAUAACAAGGAAUCGGAAAAUAACAAUUCAACAGCUGUAAGAUAAUGCAAAGAAAAACACUAUAACAUUACCAGGUAUAAACAAAAAAGAAGGUGAUGACACAAAUGAUAUCAAGAGGCUACUUAGAGAUAGAUAUAAUAGCUAAAAAUUUCCCAAACAUGAGAAUAGAAACUGACAUAAAUAUCAGUGUAUAAUAUAGAACUCCAAAUAGUCAUAACCAAAAUAAAACUACACCCAGGCAUAUAAUAAUCACCAUCCCAGAAAUCCAGGAUAAGAACAGAAUAUUAAACCCUGCUAGAGGGAAAAGACAGAUCACCUAUAAAGGAAAACCUAUCAGAAUCACAGCAAUCUCAACACAAAAAAUGAAGUCAAGAAAAGCAUGGAGUGAAGUAUUUCAGAUCCUAAAGAAAAAUGAUUUCCAACCUGGACUGAUGUUGGAGAAAUAAGACACUUCCACUUCAAAGAACAGCUAAAGACCACCAUGACCACCAAAUCAACCCUGCAAAGAAUACUGAAAGACAUUCUAGAUAGAUAUAGGAAAAAAACCACUAAACACGGCAAAGGAUUCAAAAGAGUGAAAAGGUAAAGAACCAACUGCAGAAGAUAACAUUUCAAAAAUAAACUAAUAUAUAACAGUAAUAACCAUUAAUGUAAAUGGCCUCAAUUCAGCAAAUAAAAGAAACAGACUGCCAGAGUGAAUCAAAAAACAAAAUCCAAAGCCUGGCAUACUGGCUCACACCUGUAAUCCCAGCAUUUUGGAGGCUGAGGCAGGAGGAUCCAAGGCUGAGUUUGAGACCAGCCUGGGCUACAAAGUGUGCUCAAGGCUAGCCUGAACUACUAGGGAGACCAUGUCUCAAAAAAAAAAAAAAAAAAAAAAAAAAAAAAAAAAAAGAAAAGAAAAGAAAAAUCCAACCAUAUACUGUAUACAGGAAACCAAUCUAUCCCAAAAACUCAUAGACUGAAAGUCAAAGGAUGAAAAACAAUACUCCAUGGAACAGGAUCACCAAAAAAAUCAGGGGUGGCCAUUCUGUUUGCAGACAAUCUGAAAUUCAAACCCAGAAUGAUCCAAAGAGAAAAGAAGGUCACUACAUACAAGUUAUGGGAAAACUUCAAGAGUAAGAGAUGACAAUUAUAAAUAUAUAUGCAUCAAAUUCAAGAACCCCCAGCUAUACAAAAA